AUGUCACUAUUCAAAAUUAUUAGCCCAAAGGCCUUGGCAGAAAAGCUGCAACAAGAAGCAACACGUAGAAUAGUAGCGGUUGAUUCAACAUGGUAUCUGCCUUACUUACAGAAGAAUGCUAAAAAAGAGUUUAUGGAACUUGAGCGCCUUCCCAACGCUGUGUUUUUUGACAUCGACGGGGUCAAAGAUGCCAAUUCGCCCUACCCUCAUAUGCUUCCUGACGCUGCCACUUUCAAUGCAUCGAUGAGCGAGCUAGGGAUCCGCAAGAACGACAUUUUAGUAGUCUAUGAUCGGGUCGGAAACUUCUCAGCCCCCAGAUGCGCAUGGACGCUUGCAGUUUUUGGACACGAGUUGGUGUACUUGCUCAACAAUUUUCCAGCAUACAAAGCAGAGGGUUUUCCCUUGGAUACAACGCCCAGGACUUCCUUCUCAGAACUGGAACCUUCAGAUUACAAAUCUGACGCAGAUUUUACUAAACAAGAGGUGGUAAGCUAUGAAGAAAUCCACAAGCUUGUUGAGGAUGGAAAAUUGGCCGAAGUGUACAACGUUUUUGAUGCGAGAGCACUACCAAGAUUUACAGGAGAGAGCAGCGAGCCCAGGCCAGAAAUACCAAGCGGCCACAUUCCUGGCGCGCAGCCAAUGCCAUUUACUGAUGUUGUCAAGAAUGGCAUUUUCGAGAUGGACUCCCGUUUGGCAGCCGAGAAUUUAGAAAAGUAUCUAGAGUCAUCUGGCUGCAAAUAUGACCCUUCAAAACCUACAGUGGCCAUGUGUGGAACUGGAGUUUCAGGUGUUAUCAUUAAGACUGCCCUUGAGAGCGCUGGGAUCAAACACGUCAAGCUUUAUGACGGUAGUUGGACUGAAUGGGCAUUGAGGUCUGAGCCAAAAUAUGUUGCGAAGGGUCGCAGCUAA